AGAGGAAAGCAAGUGUCAAUUCGCGGAAAAUGAAGUGUGUUGGCCUUCAUAUUACAUGCUCGUUCCUGGAAAACGUUAUUUUUAUAUCCGGGAAAGACUAGAGAAAAGGCCAUUAUUUUUCAUUUGUCGGCCACAUUCUACUGUUUUUGAUGUGAAAGAGUUUUGGCAUCCAAGAUCUUAGGUGUGUAUGGUUACAUCGAAAUAUUAUAUAUACUCCAUGGAGAUACAGCAUACAGAAACCAAUAGAGGAAACAAGGCUAUCAUUGUUGAUGGAUACGUCUACCGCAAAACCAAUGUUCUCAAAAACGGUAACGUCGUCUACACGUGUAGUGUGUCCAAGAACUGCAAGAAAACGGUCAUAACAGACGAAGAGGGCGAUUCUAUCGUGAAGGUUAGAAAUCAGCACAGCUGCAAAACAGAACCUAGUUUUAAAAAGGCAGAAGCAAGACAACUCCGAGUGCGUCUCAGAAAACAGUGUCGAAAAUCUAAUGUGAGCCCAGUUGUGUUGGUCAAGUCAGAAUUGGCCCAUGUAGAAGAAAAGAGUUUGGAGGAGAAAGACAUUAAAAAUGCUGCUAUGUCGCUAUUCAGGCAUUAUCAGAAAACAAAUUCUUUCUCUCCAUCUCAUCUGCCCUCAGAAGAGACCAAUAGUUUCCGAGAUGUGGGUGAGGAAAUGUACAGCGAGUCCCAGCAAACCAGCUUAAUCAAACAAAUGGCCGAGGAAACGGGGUCAUCUCUAUAUAUGGGAGAAGGAAAAAUGAACAAUUCAGGCAAACUCUUCAAGUACAUGAACUGUCGUCUAAUCCGAGAUGGUGACCUAAUCGAGGAUGAUCUGUGGGUGAGGGAUGGCAUUAUUGUCAACCCUGAGUAUAUUUUCUUCUCAGAAAAAGUCACAGCAGAUGUGACUGUGGAUUGUGAUGGUGCUAUUUUGUGUCCUGGAUUCAUAGAUGUUCAAAUCAAUGGGGCAUUAGGUGUAGAUUUUUCAGUAAAUACAGAUAACAUUGAAGAGGGAGUGGCCAAAGUUGCAAAAGGCAUACUGGAGCAUGGGGUGACUUCCUUCUGUCCCACCAUUGUCACCUCCAGUGAAAGCACCUACAAACAGAUAGUUUCCAGAGUAAAGAAGAAGAACGGAAGUAAAGAAGGGGCUGGUGUUCUGGGUUUGCAUCUAGAAGGUCCAUUUAUAAGUAAGGAAAAGAAAGGAGCUCACGAUGUGAACUUGAUUCAGACAUUUGACAAUGGCAUGGUCGAUCUAACCAAAAUCUAUGGAGAAGAUCUGACUAAUGUUGCCAUAGUUACACUGGCACCUGAGUUGGCCAAAUCAGGGGAAGUUAUCAAAGAAUUGGUCAAAAGAGGGAUUAAAGUUUCUGUGGGUCACUCCGUAGCAAAUUUGAUACAAGGAGAGGAAGCAGUACUUCAGGGAGCAACGUUCAUAACACAUUUAUUUAAUGCUAUGUUACCAUUCCACCAUCGUGAUCCGGGUCUGAUCGGGUUGUUAACCAGUAAAAAAGUUCCAACAGAUGUCCCGUACUAUGGUGUCAUUUCAGACGGAAUCCACACCCAUCCAGCGGCUCUUAGGAUUGCACACAGGGUUGACCCAAAAGGAAUGGUGCUUGUGACGGAUGCAAUAGCAGGCGCUGGACUUCCUGAGGGAGAACACAGAUUUGGGUCGCAGACAAUGGAGAUCAAGGGUAACCGAGCAGUCAUCAAGGGAACACAGACACUUUGUGGAAGUAUAGCAACCAUGGACAUGUGUGUUCAGCAUCUCAGAAAAUCAACACUCUGUGGUACUGUAAGGGCCCUGGAAGCUGCCUCACUCCACCCCGCCAAACUUCUGGGAAUCUCGGACAAGAAGGGAACCCUGAACUUUGACUCUGAUGCAGACUUCAUUGUGCUGAAUGAUGACCUGGUAGUCUUGGCAACCUACAUAGCUGGGGAAUGUGUUUGGAGCAAAGCCAAAAUUUGAUCAUAGAAUACUGCACUACUUACAAUGUAUCUGCUUAAGGAUCAGCUUUUGUUCACUGUUGUACAGUCGCUAGUAUGAUAUGUAUCAGGUAUUUAUAGUUCUAGUCUUUAUUAUAACCAACACUGCCUAUAUUUUUAUAUGAGGUUGAUAUUUUUUGUUUUCUAUACUCUGUCCCAAGAUAUCCUCGAUUCACAUUUUGCUUAAAUAUUCAAUAUAUGUAAAUACCUAAAAAGGGUUCUAACGAUGUUCAUUAAAAAGUAUGAAUAAUUUCCAAGAUUUCUCCUUUGAAAUGACCCCUCUAGUUUAUCAGGUUUCAAUACAUGGCUAAAAAAUGAAAUGUCUACAGGGAUUUUGUAAUGCAACAAACCCAGAUGAUAACGUUGAAAAAUUAUGCAAGGUAUUCUGAGUGACUUCCAAAUGGAAAAAAGAUGUAAACAUUCACUAUUAUAAUCUUUGUUACAUAAAUUAGAAAUCAGUUUUAGUUCUUGUGAAUUUUUCCAAGUAAAAAUUAAUAAUGUGUGGAUGAAAUUAUCUUGGAUAUUUUCCCUUUCAUUUAUUUCAGUUGCAGUUCUUUCAAAGCUCUGGUGAAUUUUUAUUAAAAAGCAUCCAAAGGUGCUGCAUGAAUAUUGUAUAACCAGCAAUUUUCGCUUUUUUUAUGAUCACUUUUAAAUUGCAAAUUAUUGAGUACGCAGAAAUCAUAUCCUGUAUUAUUUUCUAUAUGAAACUUUUCAAACCGCAAAAAAAAAAACCUGACGCAAAUUAAAAAUCUUACACAUUUCACCCAUUUUUGCAAAUUUUGCGACACACGAAAAAAACUAAUAAUCUUCG